GUUUAUCUAACUUUGCCCAUAAAGUUUUCCAACAUGUAGAUCCUCAUAAUACAUUAUACAUCGUCUUGAUUUUAUGAAUUUGUCAAUAUAUGUUGAGUUGUUGCAAUUGCAUAAGUCAUUCUUUUUGGGAGAAUUAUCUUUUCUAGAAAAUGGAAAAGGUGGACGAGCAAAGGAUUAGACUUCCACAUGAUGUGAUGAUCUACAUUUUGAAGCGAUUGCCCGGAAAAUCCCUAGUGAGAUUCAAGUGUAUAUCCAAAACAUGGUAUGAUUUGAUAUAUACGGUUGAUUUUAACUACAUUCAUUACAAUCAUGAUUGUCUCUCAAAUCAAUUCAUUAUUUUUAAGCGCUACCUCAGAUUUGAUGGGAAUGAUCGCAAUAGCAUUUAUUAUAAUGGUAAGAAUAUGAUAUCCUUCCAUUCAAAUGACGAAUCAUUCAAAUCUAUAGCACCAAAUUUUGAGUACAAUGAUAAUUAUAUAGGUGUUCGAAUUAUAGGUCCCUGCAAUGGCAUUAUCUGCAUUUCUAGUUACAGGAGUACUGUUUUGUAUAACCCAACAUUACGAGAAGUUUUGGAACUCCCUCCUAGCAUUCUUCCAUAUAGGCCAGAGUUAUCUCAUAGUGUAGAACUUAACUAUUGUAUGAUCAUGACCACAGGAAUUGGGUUUGACCCCAGUACUGAUGAUUAUAAGGUUAUCAGAAUCCUAAGUCCUCGAGAAGAAUAUGAAUGGGAUGAUACAGAUAAUCUUUAUAAACUUGUUAGUAAGGUAGAGGUUUACAAUCUCAGUACAAAUUCGUGGAGAAAAUUUGAGGAUCUACAAUGCUUAGUAGAUCCCCGGUGUUGUUUUAAUGUAUUGAUUAACGGAGCGUUUCAUUGGCGUGGAACAACUCUAUCACCAAUCGGUGAUUAUUGGAUAGUUUCUUUCAAUUUCAGCUGUGAGUUGUUCCAGAACAUUCUAUUUCCUAAUGGCUUAGACAUUGAACAACUCAAGAGUCUUGUCGUCUUGAAGGAUUCUCUAGCUUUGAUUUGUUACACGGAGAUAUCUUCUCUCCAAGAUAUGGUAAUGGAUCAACCGAUUGACAUAUGGUUGAUGAAGAAGUAUUCUCUGAGAGAAUCAUGGAUUAAGGAAUUUACAGUUGGACCAAUGGCCAUAGAGACACCUUUGGCAAUUUGGAUGAAUGAUGCAGAACUAAUGAUAGAAAGCAAUAAUGGAAAACUUGCAUCUUGUAACCUUCUUUCUGGAGAAAUUAAGGAGCUUGACUUGUCUGGUGUUCCAAAUACAUUGGAAGUUGUUGUUUGCAAAGAAAGCUUGAUUUCUAUCAAGAAAGAGAGAGACAAAGUGGUCCUAAGACCAUUGCAUACUUGCAUCCAAGUAACAAAGACUAUUUCUUUUUGAGGUAAGGGUUACUAUUAGAACUAACGAAAGGUUAAUCUCUUGAUGUCUUAUUUGUUAUUCAUCUUUGUUCAUGCAACUUAUUAUUUAUUUGUUACUCAUCUAGGUUCAUGCAACUUCUCUCUAUGUAUUUGUUAUUCAUCUUUGUUCAUGCAACUUUCCCUCUAAUUUAUUAUCUAAUAA